AUGGCGACCUUCCAGUCCUUCAGGAACAAUCACAGGAAAACUAGAGCAUCUGUCAGAAAAAGCUUCAAUGAAGAUGUGUUCCAGUCUGUGAAGUCUUUACUGCAGAGCGAGAAGGAACUGUGCAGUGUAUCAGCCGAGGACUGUUUGAAGCAGGAUGAACAUGCCAAUUUGACUGAGGUCACAUUUCUAGGUUUUAAUGAAGAAACAGAUGCUGCUCAUAUACAGGAUUUGGCUGCAGUUUCUUUGGAACUCCCAGAUCUUCUGAAUUCACUGCACUUCUGCAGUCUAAAUGAAAAUGAAAUUAUUUGUAUGAAGGAUAUAAAUAAAUCAUCAGAUAUAAACAGUGAUCCUCUAAACCAGAGUCAACAUCCUGGAAUGCUUUGUGUCAUGAGAGUGUCACCUACGUUACCAAGACUUAAAAUUGAUUUUAUCUUUAGUCUCCUAAGUAAAUACGCUACUGGCAUAAGGUACACCCUGGACACAUAUUUGCAUCACAAGCACCAACUUGAGGCCACCAAUGAAGAUGAUGAUGAUACUAACCAGUCUGUAUCUUCCAUCGAAGAUGACUUUGUCACUGCUUUUGAGCACUUAGAGGAGGAAGAGACUUCAAAGCCAUAUAAUGAUGGAUUAAACAUAAUUGCACCAAGGAGCCAGUGUGAUGCUGCUUCACAGACUAUUUCUGGUCACCAUUUGGAUACCCAUGAUUUCAGGGUUCUGGUUGGCUCUGAGCAGCAGAAGUCAUUGGCUAAACCUUCAGCUUCUUUAAUAAACAUUCUGGGACAUAAAAAACUGCCUCCAGUGAGAACUUCAGUCACAACAUCAGUCUCUGAACCAUGGGUCCAGAGGAGUUUCUAUAGGUCCUUUGCUGCUUCAGAGAAAGGUAGUGAUGCCCAGAAACCGUUGUUCUCCUCUUCUCCUGCCUACUCGUCUGAAUCAGAGUGCUCAAGUCCAAGUCCUGUUAUUUUCUUGGAUGAAGAAGGUUAUCAAAAAAGUUUGAAAGCAAAACUUGAGUUACCUAAAAUUCCUGUGACGAAAGAUGAUAUUGAGGAUUCAGACUCAGAAGUGAGUGAAUUUUUUGAUAGUUUUGAUCAGUUUGAUGAACUAGAACAAACUUUAGAGACUGCUUGUCCGUUUCUGAAAGAUCUUGCUAUAGGGAAGUCAUCGCAAAAGAAAGGGCACAAACAUGAAAAAUUGUGCUCUGUAACCACUACUAUGAAUCCUCAAAAAUUCAAGUUUGAUCGGCCAGCUCUCCCAGCUAACAUUAGGAAGCCAACACCUCGUAAACCCGAAUCCCCUUAUAGUAACCUGUGUGACACCCCAGAUUCUCCCCGCCCCGUGAAGGCCUCAGGGGAAGACAGUGGUUUGUUUAGUCCUAUUCGGUCCUCUGCUUUCAGUCCUCUUGGAGGCUGUACUCCAGCUGAAUGCUUUUGCCAAACAGAUACUGGUGGAGAUAGGAGUCAUGAAAAUCCUGAUUCUCUUUAUUACACCUAUGAAGAUUAUGCAAAUAGCAUUUCCUGUGAAGUUCUGGGCUCAGUUCUUCAUAGCCAACAUACAAAUGCAACAUCCAACACUAAUAGUAUUAAAAAGGGAGAAAAUAAAAUGGUAGCUCUUCAGCAUGGAAGCCUUGAUCAAAAAAGUAAGUCUAAAAAUAAACCCUUAAUGAUUGAUAGCAUUCAGAAGUUUGCAGCAGAUCUCGUGGAAAAAAGUUUUGGCAGUGCAUUUAAAGACUUACAGAAGGGGGUCUCUUCAUGUACCAAUGCCUUAUGCCAGUUAGCCAUCAAGUUGACGUCAUCCAUUUUUCAAAUGGCAUUUAACGAACUGAGAAGGCAGCGUGCUUUUUCACUGAAAGAACAAGCCAUUGGUGGCCUGGCUAGUUUUUUGGUGAGUGAGGCAUUCUCAAAUGCUUUAAAAGAUCUACAAUAUGUAAAGAAACAGAUCUUCACUAACACCGUCACUAGAUUUGCUGCAGAUCUCGCCGAAGAGCUUAUUUUUGAAGGCAUCAUGGAAGUGUGUCAGUUCUCGUAUCCUCCAACACCUGCAUCUCUGCAGGGUCGGUCAUUUCAGUACGAAGACAGAGUGGUGAAGUCCUAUGCAAGAGAUCUGUCUGAAUCUGUAAUACAGGAAGCGUUCAUUGAGCUGUCUCAGGUUGAUGUUACCUUCACCACAAAGGCAGCAGUUAGCGUUUCCCCAGAAAACAUCAAGUUUGUGAGCACAGAAGAUGUAGUGUCAGCGACACAGACUUCUGUGUGUUCCCCUACUUCUAACAGUCAAACAGUUGUGGUGACGAAACCAGUGCAGGAAUAUAAAAAGGAAUACACGGUGCAGCAGGCCUUGUUCUGUACUUCAGGAAUUGUUACUUCAAUCCCAGUGCCCUUGGCAGGAAGUGCCCUUCUCCCAUACCGUAUUUCUUCUAAUAGGUAUCAGACAAAGUCUUAUCCAUCAUGUGAUGAUAGUCAUUUGAAUGGUAGUCCUACCCUAGCAGGUGUUGCCGCAAAAAGCAAAGAAGAGGAGCUAGCUUGUCUCAGGAAUAUUUGUUUACCUUCAGACCACAACUCCGGUAGCCAGAAUGAGGUGAAACCAACUAGUGAUGUUGUUGAAACAAAAAGCUCUUCAAAGUUAACAAAUGAUCCUGUCAUUAUUAGCGAUUUUUCUGCUGCAAUGGUGCAUACGAUAGUAAAUGAAACUAUAGAUUCAGUGACAUCUUCCAAAGUUGCAAAAACAGAAGAACACACAGAUUGUUUAACUCAAACAGGAAAGGGAAAAACCCCUUCUUCGAUCCCCUACUGGGAUCAAACAACACUGCCACAGAGUGAGGCUAGCAAGAAGGACAUGUUCGCCGGUCAGUUAUCUAAAUCUAUUAUCAAACAUUCCAUAGAUGAAAGCAAGUUAGUGAUCCUAAAUGUAGAUAAAAAUGUCCUCCACAAGAAAGACUUGCCUGUUCCUGGAGACGAGUCACAGACCUUGGAAGAGUUCCCCAAGUUUCUUGAAGCUCAAGAUCAUUUAACUCACUGUUCACUUUCAGAAGGAAAGGAUUGUGUUCCAGAAGGUAAAGGUUCAGUGGCUCCUGGAUUUUCUUUGGAGACACUACCACCUUGUCUACCAGCAGCAGGCCAGAAAGCCGACCUGAAGGAAAUUGCUAAGGACAAAUCUGUGAAAAAGCAGAAUUUGCAUAAUUCAGCCCUUGAGCCCUUGGCUUUUGGGCAGGAAAACUCUUUUCCCCAUUCACAUGCUUUCUCAUCCACAGUGCUCACCUGUGCAGAUGGUUUGCACGUGGAAGAGAAACAGAAAAUGAGAGAUGGGAACGUAAUACCUGACACCCCUCCAUCAACUCCUCUGGUUCCAUCCCAGGCUCCUUCUGAGUGGGAUAUCAAGAAGUUAACCAAAAAGCUUAAGGGGGAGUUAGCAAAAGAGUUUGCACCGGCCACACCACCGUCCACACCUCACAACUCGUCUGUAAGCAGUUUGUCUGAAAAUGAACAAAAUGCAAUAGAAAAAGAAGAGUUCAUGUUGAAGCUCAUGCGGUCUCUCUCAGAAGAAGUUGAAAGUAGUGAAGGCGAAGAGCAGCCAGAGGUGGACGUGAAGUUGGAGCCAGCAGGGAAGAAAGUUCAGUUUGCAGACACGUUGGCGACACACAUCGUUUCUCUCGCAACCGAAAUGGCGGCUUCCCAUUUGGAUAAUAAAGUGAUUCAAGAAGCCAGGGUGAAAAGCCCUUGCUUAAAUGUGCAGAGUCAAAGAAGCCUGUCACCUGCUUUUUUAAAGUGCUCAGAUGAAAGCUUACAAGCAUUACGUAGUUUUGCAGGGGAUAUGGCAGCAGAAGUCAUUACGGAAGCUGAAAAAAUAGCAAAAGUUAGGAGCUGUAUGUUUUUCAGGAGGAAGAGGAACAGUUGUGUUGAUGGUGACCAAGAUUAUAGAUCAGAAGAGAAGUCGGAUGUAGAGGCUGUAGCACACCCGGGAGGAGUAGAUCCGUGUGUUCUUCCUUUGCCACCAAGUUCUUGUCUGUCAGGUCUAACGUACAAGUAUCCCAGCUGUGAAAGUGUGACAGAUGAGUAUGCAGGUCACAUUAUCCAAAUACUAAAACAGGAAGGUGGUAAUAGUGACUUAAUAAUGGACCAGUACGCCAACAGACUUGCCUAUCGGUCCGUUAAGUCAGGAUUGCAAGAAGCAGCUAAAACAGCCAAAGUGAAGUGCAGCUCCAAAAUAUUCCCUUUGCAGAGCUCACAGGUGAAAACCAACGAUGAACUGUUACUGUUUUUAAAUAAAGAACACCAGCAAGAAGCAGAUAAAAAAAGACAAAGCAGAAGUGGUGGAAGUUACCUUCAUAAAAACCAGACUUGUGAGUGGACACGGGACAUGUGCAGAAGUGAGUGCUCAGAACUACAUAGUUUUUCAACCUGUCUUGCUCACAGCAUCACAAGAGAUGUUACAAAAGAGCUGAUGGCAUCAACAGGUGGCUUGCCAAAAUCGUUAACAGAUUCUUGCCUUUAUGAAAAAAACGCAUGUGACGAAGAUACUGAGACUCAUGUCGGGCCAGAGUUUCCCAAGUCUCUUCAGCCUUCUUCACAGAAUCACAGAUUUUCUCAGAGUACAGGCAGCUUGAGUGGGUGUGGCUAUGGAGAGACUGUCGUUCAAGCUAUAGAGCAGUAUGCUAACAAAGUUGUGGGCGACACUUUAGAGGUGGGUUUAGGAUCUGCCGUCUUCCAUGUGUCUGAAGCCACAAAAGCAGUUGAUAGGAUCACUUACGCAGAAAAGCUGUCACAUCUGGUGGGUCAGGCUUGCCGAUACUGUGACCGUAAAGAGCUCCAUGACUGCACUGGAAAUUCGUCUCCUCGCUUUCCCAGACCGGAUUCACUUGCUGGUAGUAAGCCAGUUUCUCAUUCACAGCUUAGCAGCUUCUAUCAGAAAUCUAGGAUUUUUCAUCUUGAUGUCCCUCAAAUUCACGUUAAUCUCGAUAAGAAGACAGUGCUUGCUGAGAAGAUAGUUGCUGAAGCGAUUGAAAAGGCAGAGAGAGAGCUGAGUAGUACCAGCCAGGCAGCCGACAGUGGGAUCGGACAGGAAGGCGCCAGCUUUGCCGAGAGCCUCAGCACAGAGAUACUGGCAUCAGCAGUGGUCAGUGCUGGACAGGCCAUCAGCAGUCCAAAAGAAACAGAAGACUUUCAGUCAGCUGAGUCUCUUGGUAGCCAGCAGAUGCAUCUCAGUAUUGGUGAGGACAGUACUGGAAGCUGGUCCAACUUAAGUUUUGAAGAUGAACACCAGGAUGAAAGCAGUAGUUUUCACCAUCUAAGUGAAAGUAAUGGUAACAGCAGUAGCUGGAGCAGUCUUGGUUUAGAAGGAGAUUUGUGUGAGGACAAUUUAUCCUUUCCAACAUCAGACAGUGAUGGGCCAGAUGAUGAAGAAGAGGAGCAUCAGACUGAUGAAGAAGGUUUGGAGCAAGAUGGAAAGACUCUGCUCAUUACAAAUAUUGACAUGGAGCCAUGCACAGUAGACCCCCAGCUAAGAAUUAUUCUUCAGUGGCUUGUUGCUUCUGAGGCAGAAGUUGCAGAACUUUAUUUUCAUGACUCUGCAAAGAAGGAGUUUAUACAACUUUCAAAACGGCUACAGGAAAAAGGCUGGAAAGUGGGAGACCUCCUGCAGGCUGUGCUUAAAUACUAUGAGGUGAUGGAGAAGACGUCCAGUGAGGAGAGAUGCAAGUCCCUGUUUGACUGGCUCUUGGAAAAUGCAUAG